GGCUUUGUUUUCCUUUCCUGCCCCCCCACCCGCUUCCCUCCUCCAUAUUCGGUCACAGUCUGAUUAUGAACUCUCGCUUUCUCUAACACGGAGUUCCUUCUUGUUUCGCUCACCUUCCGUCGCGUGGUGCACCCCUCAGCCGGAGGGCCAGGUGUAUAGGUCAUCUCUCCGUGCGUAGCUCCCUGACAAGCCAGCACAGUGUGCGCUGAAGGAGGGCUCGCGUCGGCGUGCGCUGGACUGCUCUGCUGCGAGCGGCUGGCUACGAAGUCGUCCUGAACCAAAGACCACGAAUCUUCUUCUCCGGGCUGUGUCCGUUGUCGACGGCGUGCUUCAGCGAGAGGAACUCUGAUUUGGAUGUACUUGUACGAAAGGGAACCGGCACUCAAGCCCUCCGGCGCUGGUAGCCAACAAGAAAGCAGCAGAAGUAGCAAGUAGCACCUUGCAUAAAUCGUCAUAUAAAAAUCCCUAGGCGACCAUGGAGGACGAACGCGUUUUGCCAGUCUACGAAGUCAUAUCCGGACUCCGGCUGGCCAACUUUUACCCACCGUACGCAGUCCUCUCCGGCCUCCAGUACAAGGCAAGGGACGGCGACGUCUUCCUCGUGACCUAUCCCCAGUGUGGCACGUUGUGGAUGCAGCAGAUUCUGUACGUUCUUCUUCACGAUGGUUCCUCGCCCAAAGAAGCCGCCAGCCUCUUCCGGACCUUUCCCUUACUGGAGCUGGAAGGCGCGGAAGCCGUCGAGGACGCCCUCAGUCCACGGGUCAUCACGUCUCAUCUUCCGUACGACUACAUCCCGAAGUCCCUGCGGGCCAAGUACGUGGUGCUCGUGCGCGACCCUCGCGAUGUCUGUGCGGGCAUGUUUCGACGACUCCGAACGUACCCUGCGUACGAGUUCUGCGACGGCCUGCUGAGCGACUUCCUGGACCUCUUCUGUGGCGACGCCGUCGACUAUCGAGGAUACUUCGCCCACUUGCGGUCCUGGUACGACCACCGGGACGACCCCAAUGUGUUCUGGCUCAGCUACGAGGAGCUGCAGUCUAAUUUUCAAGAGACCGUGAAACGUCUCUCGACAUUCCUUGGAAUGGAACACAAGCUCUUCAAGAGCAGAAGCGUGUUCAAGAAGUGUCAGGAGAAGAGUACCGUGUCUUACAUGAAGUCCAAGACCAAUAAAUACAUGGAAGAGUUCCUGUACAUCCCGUUCGAGAACGUGGCAGCGGACACGAGGUUCUCCGAAGGUGUCAAGUCCUUCCACGCCUCCGUGCAGUGUUCAGGUGUCUUGGACGCAAUGUCUAGUGUUCGCUGCGUCCGCAGUGGCAAAGUUGGCGCCUGGAAAGAUGUUAUCACUGCCGAUGAUGCCAAGAGAGUCGUCGACCGAACAGAACAGAUGGGACGUGACGUGGCGAACGCUGUCCUUUAUAACAGGUGA